AUGAGAUUGUACCUCAAAGACAAACCAAGAACUUUUAUAGUCACAACAUCAACACAUGCAUUAAUUAUCAGACAUCCUUCCCCAACUUAUAAACAUAGAAGUAUACGAGGUCUAAUUCAAGGACAUAAAUCCAAGUAUAACGAACAUGAAACUAAAGUUUUAGUUGAGUUUGUGAAGAAGGAGUACAUAGAUUUAAGUUCAUAUCGAGAUGUAACACCAAAACGAAAUAAAUUAAUUGCAUUUCUUGGUUUACUAAGUUUGAAAAACAAAGUAUUCUUGGGAUUUAUAAAUAGAGAUGAACUUGUCGCUUCUCCCACAAUUGAGGAUCAAAUUUACAAAAUCACAGGUACUGAAUUCCAUUGUUUGAAUAAUGAUGAGUAUGAUUACAUAUAUGAUAAAGAUUAUGAUGAAUCGAGUUAUCAAGAUAGUGAAAGAAUUAAAUUCCCAGCAGCUUCAGUAAGGAAGCUACUAUCUAGUGGAGCAUUUUUUUAUUCAAGACAAUUUGACAUAACAUCUACAAUUCAAGAAAGAGGAGUAGGAAAUUUUGAGUUCAAAUUAGUGGCUGAUGUGUCAUAUUUCACAAGAUUCCUGUGGAAUAACUUUAUGAUGAGUGAGUUACUCGAAUUUAGAAAUAGGUUGACAGCCAAUGAACAAAUUCAAAUUGACAAAUCUGGAUUUUUGAUUAUAAUAGCGAGAGGUUAUGCUAAAACUGUCAACACUUAUAUCGGAGAAAACGAAGCACUAAUGACGUUAAUUUCAAAACAAAGUUGUGCAAAACAAGGGCCUAUUUUUGGCGAUUGGGGUUGUGAUGGAGAUGGAAGCGUUGCCAAUUAUGUUGAGUCUGAAUUAAUUAUAUAUACAGAGAAAUUUUGUUUAUCUUACAUUAUUGCGAGAGGAAAUGUCCCGAUGUAUUGGGAAUUAAGUGUCAACUCGACUAGCAAAAGUUUGAUAGCAGGAAGCGGAAAACGAAUCAUUUUUCCAAGAUCAUUUGAAGCUUCACAAGAAGCUUUUACGAGACAUAUCGAAAGUUUAUCUAACCAAUACGGUGAUGUGCAUAUUAUCAACGAACUAUCAGAUAAAUCAUAUAAAGGUGUUCUAAACGCAUCAUUUGAGGAACAAAUAAAGUACUACUUGAAGAACAAAGACACAUCUAAUUCGGAUUAUAAAUUAAAGUAUACACAUCUUCCCAUACCGCAUUCAAGAAUAAGAAAAGUGGGUUAUACUGCACAAAACCCAUCAGAUAUUGUUAAUGAAUUUUCAUCAUCUGCGGUCAGCUUUGGUGCAUUGUUUUUUGAUAGACCCUCAAUGAGUUUCAUUGGUAAACAAUUGGGUAUAUUUCGAAUCAACUCUUUCGAUAGUUUAAGUAAAGCCAAUUUUUUAUCGAAAAUUAUAAGUCAAGAGAUAAUUGAAUUAGCUUUUGGUGAUAUUGGAAUUGAAUUAGAAAGAGAAUUGUACACUAAGCAUGCUAAAUUAUGGCAAGAAAAUGAUUACGUACUUACAAAGUUAACGUUGAAUUUUGUUUCAACUACGGAUAAACUACAAACAAGUAAUGUUUCUCAUGCUGCUUCAGUUAAAUCACAUAUCACCAAGAAAUAUUUGAAUGGAGUAGUGGAUACAACGAAACCAAACGAACUAGCAUUAUUAAAACUUUUGGGUCGACUACAAGAUCAAACUCCCAUUAAUUUGCACAAUCCUCUUCAUGAUUAUAUUGCAAAAGAAUUAAGUAAGCAUAAAAGUCAAUUUACAACACAAUCAGAGUUAACUGUCUUUGCAUCAACUUUCAAUCUCAAUGGUGAAUUAUAUGAUGGAACAAUUGAGGAUUGGAUAUACCCAAAAGGUAGUAGAAACAAAGUAUACGAUUUGGUAUUUAUUGGACUACAAGAAAUAGUUGAAUUGAAACCUGGUCAAAUGAUCAAUACUGACUCUAGAAACAAAACUCAAUGGGAAAGAAAAAUAUUAGAGUAUUUGUUAAAGCGAGAUAAAUAUUUAGUCAUGUGGAGUGGUCAAUUAGGUGGAUUAGUGCUAUUUUUUUUCGUUAAGGAAUCACAGAUGAAAUAUAUAUCGAAUGCUGAAUUCUCAUUCAAAAAAACUGGUCUUGGAGGAGUUGCUGCUAAUAAAGGAGGGGUGGCAGUUAGUUUUACAUUCUCUGAUACAUCGAUGUGUUUUGUAUCUUCUCAUUUUGCAGCUGGUUUAACAAACAAUGAAGAAAGGCACCAUAAUUAUAAAACUUUAAUAAAAGGAAUUCAAUUUUCCAAAAAUAGAAGAAUACCAAAUCAUGAUUGUGUUAUAUGGUUAGGGGAUUUAAAUUACAGAUUAUCACCAAUACAAAAUGAUCAAGUUCAAUCGUUAAUUGCUCAAAAAUCAUAUAAUAAAUUAUUUGAGUUUGAUCAAUUAAAUCAACAAAUGGCUAGUGGUGAAGCGUUUCCAUUUUUCACAGAACAAGAGAUUUCAUUUCCUCCAACCUACAAAUUCGAUAACGGCACCAAAGUAUAUGAUACAAGUGAAAAACAAAGAAUUCCAGCAUGGACUGAUCGUAUAUUAUAUCUAUCAAGGAAAAAUCUAAUGAAACCAAUCGAGUAUAAUUAUUGCGAAGAUCUAGUGUUUUCUGAUCAUAGACCAGUGUAUGCUAUAUUUCAAAUAACUGUUCAAUUAAUAAAUCAAUCCAUUAAAAAACAAAUUUCAAAUCAAUUAUAUGAUAAUUUUAAAAUCAAACAUGGUGGAUUACAAGAUAUUUCUUCUAUUUCAUAUGACCUUGAUAAAAAAAGUAUUGAUUUUGAUAAUGAAAAUUUACCACCUCCAAGUUCAGAUAAAUAUAAAUGGUGGUUGGAUGGGGGUAAACCAGCAAAAGUAAGUAUUGCAAGUUUGAAUGAUGAUCCAGAUUUGGUUAUUAAUCCAUUUCAUCCAAUAAAUCCUUUCGCCCCAACCAAUGAACCUGAAUUUGUAUCUAGUAAAGAUUUGGAAGGUAUGUUGAAUUAG